CAAGGAGAGAAUGGGGGGAAAGGAGACAUGGGUCUUCAAGGUCCUCAGGGACCCACAGGACCCCGGGGUCUCCCAGGGUCUCCGGGUCCUCCGAGCAUCCCUGCCCCCACUGUGAAGCGCGACGACCCCAAAGCUUCUACCAAAGUUCUCACCCAGUCCGGAGCCGCUCUGCGCGUCGAGGGCGUGGAGGUGGUGAAGACGCUGCACUACCUGAGCGGGCUGGUGCAGAGCAUCCGGAAGCCGCUGGGCACAAGGGAAAACCCGGCGCGGAUCUGCCGAGACCUCAUGGACUGUGAGCAGCUCAUGGCGGACGGGUCGUACUUCAUAGACCCCAAUACGGGCUGCGCCUCGGACACCAUCCAAGUCACCUGCAGCUUCUCAAAGGGCGGACGCACCUGCUUCAACCCCGUAUCAAUCUCCAUGUCGCACUACGACGUCAGCCGGGUGCAGAUGAACUUCCUGCACCUGCUGAGCACCGAGGCCUGGCAAACCAUCACGGUGCACUGCCUCAACUCGCCCCUGCACGGCAACGCCACCGCCGGCCCCACCGCUGGCCCCACCACCGGCCCCACCACCGGCUCCACUACCGGUUCUACCACCGCCGCCACCACCGCGGGCUCCGGCCUCCGCUUCAGGGGCUGGAGCGGCCUCAUCUUCGGCGGUGCCGGGGGGCCCCUCCAUCCCAGAGUCGUCCGGGACGACUGCUCGAUUCAAGAUGGCCGCUGGCACCAGGCGGAAUUCUCGUUUGAGACUCGCAAGGCCACGCUGCUUCCCAUCGUCGAGGUUCUCAACCUGCCCACCUCCAGCACCACCUCCCAGACGCGCCUCGAAGUUGGACCGAUUUGCUUCCUGUGAUCGUCAUCGCCGUUUUCGGCGGCGGUCAGCGGAAACUCGAGACAGAGAGAGAGAGAGAGAAAGACGGGAGAUGGGAGAAUCCCCCAAGUGUUUUGCACAUUUACCACGUGGUAUAUCUCGAGGUGCCCCUGCAGCAGCAAUCUACUCUCAGGGGGACCACCUCCACCCCCACUACCCACCCUGGCAGCUGUCCCUGUGUGGCACAAGGUGAACACACAGCACCGGGCCUACAAGUGGGCAAUGCUCUGGUCAGUAGGGGGACGAUGUUGCUUACGCGACUUUUCCCAAUUGCCGUCGUCGUUAUCAUCGCCGUCGUCGCCGUCGUCACAGUGGGGUAAGCGGAGUGAACCGGUGAGUGAAGCUCACGGGGACGGUGACCGCGGUAGGUCGUGGCGGCAGUAGUAGUGGCGAUAAGAUGAGCGACCAGGAGGUGACUGACCGCCAGUGAGCGAUCGAGCGACCGGAGCGAUUCGGCGAGUGCCGGAUCGCAGCCGGAAAAUCUAGCCGUGACUUCUUCCCCCCGUUGGUCUGGCCGAAGAAAACGGGACUGGGGACUGGGGAGAGACUUUUACGAGCCCUACCCCACUGGACACGCGAGCGAAAAGAGAGCAAGGGAGAGCUUCAUCGCUCAUCGGAUUCCUCCAGCACGAAGAAAUAAAUCCGAUUCUGAUUCUAGACCGUGGGGAGGGAAGUCGUCACGACGCACCUGAACCGGCACGGAGACACGUAACCGUUUAGUCGGCGAGCUCCGUUUGUACAACUCAUCGGUCCCAACGUGAUUGCUCUCCGUGUGUGUGAUAAUCGCUCAGCACCGGGUGGCUAAAACGCAGUAAGUUGGCGCAGUAGGGGGCGCAGGUGAUGCAUCGGCCAGUCAUCUCGAUCGGUCUGUCCCGUGACCUCAUGCCGGUGGGCGUUCGACACUUCACAUGGCUUUAAAGUGCACUUAGCCUGGUGCAAGUGCCGUGGCGAGAUCACCGCCAGCCAGUGGCGAAUCGCGUGAAAUUUCAGCACGCGUGAAAAAUCGCCGGAGAUCUGACCGCCCCGGACGUAAUCAGUAAGGGGGAUUUGUUCGGAAUUCCGCGAAAAUAUUAUCUCUCUCUCUCCGUCCGUCAGUCCGCGAGUAACGUGGGGGUCAUGGUAACCGCCAUAGUGAUGAUCCGCUCCGAGUGAAACCCCUGAGUGUCGAAGUUGCGUGCGCUGCUCGGCACUCGACCCUCCGGGGGAAAACCGGGACACGUAGAUCGAACGGUUCACGUAACUCGGUUGCAAGCAACUUUUGCACGCGGGCGCAUGCAACCCGGUCGACGCAGAUCCGCCGUCGCGCGCACAGAACAAGCAACGCAACAUUUAACGUUGAAAACUGGCCCCGUGCACAAAAAGUUAUUUAUUAUUGUCAUUCUAUAUGACAGUUUUGUUUUCACAAAAUCCGGUGGGAUAUAUUGCAGACGACGCACAAGCCUCGCCGUCAUUCAGCAUUGCCUCCGAAGGGGACGUUAAAAAAGCACGUUUUAACGACGCAAUUAUUCAUGUAAGUUCUCUGCGGGGAGCCCUGCUAACGCCAACCGUAUGCGCUUACUCGGCAAUCCGUCGCAUACAAAUGGAAAGCGCCGGUGCGAAAAUUCACAUCGACAAAAUCUUUAACCCUUAGGGGUUUUGGAACGCACCGAUUCGCGUUUUUUUUUGGGGGGGGGGUGGUUAGACCACCCCUUCCAAUGGUCCGGUGAAAUUGGUGUGGCCAGAGCACUUACGUUGCCAGGCCCCUGGUGAUUAUCAUGGUAGCAGCGACUGCGGUGGAGAGAUGCUUCCACCCUCGCCUGGUGUGCAGGAGGUCGUGGGUUUGAUCCCGACCCUGACGCCUGCUGCUGUAUAUUUGGAGUUUGCAUGUUCUCUUUGCCCGGGAUUGCAUGGAUUUUUCUCUGGGUCCACCGGUUUCUCCCUCCACAUUUAGAAUCGACGUCGGUCGUUUAGAGUAUUUGCCUAAUGUUAUAAAUUUCCACACGACGAUAAGCCACUUCGUUGAGCUAUCAUUUGUGAUUGCCAGGUCGCUUCUGAAAAAGAGCUACAGUUUAGUGGAGCCUUACCCGGUGAAAUAAAAAUAGUCCAUAGUUUUAUUAGCAUGCUGAGCCCAGUCCAGAUGUUUCAGAUAUUCAAUGUUUAGUACCAACCAAGGGUGAUGUCCCAUUUGCCAUUCCAAUAUUUUAAGCUAAACAAAUCGGGUUUUGCCAAAUAAGGCUCCACUAAGCUAUGUAGCUCUUUAUCCGGAGCUAUCCGGCUAUCACAAACGAAGCUCAACCAAUUGCAUUAUCAUCAUGAGGACAUUUACAGCGGCAGCAGCAUCAGCGACCAAAUACCCUUAAAUAAUCUUUCGCGACUUAAAUGGGUCAGUCCUUCCCAAACCUACAAGUACGACGAAUCUCCAUUGGUGUGCGCGUGACGGUUUAGAAUUCGCCAUUGCAGUAGAAGCCCUCUUAACGACGGUACAGUAGAAGCCCUCUUAACGACGGUACAGUAGAAGGCCUCUUAACGACGGUACAGUAGAAGGCCUCUUAACAAUGGUACAGUGGAGGGCAUCUUAACAAUGGUACAGUAGAAGGCCUCUUAAUGACAGUACAGUUAGUCCCCCCCUUAACGGUACAGUAAGACCCCUCAAAAUAAUGGUACAGUAGAAGCCCUCUUAACGAUGGUACAGUAGGACCCCUAUUAACGACGGUACCGUAGGAGUCCUCUUGUACUGUACCGUCAUUCUACUGUACCUACAACAGCGGCACAUCCUUAACGGGGGAAUGGUCAGUAAGCGAAUACAUCGGGCUCUAUAGAGGCCCGUCAUUAAGCGAUUAGUCGUUAACAGCGGUGGUCAUUAAGAGGAGUUCUACUCUACACUACUAUACAAUACACUACUAUACAUAAUAUAGGGUUUUUUUGGGUUACAUCACUUAAAUAUAUAAAUGUGUCAUUAAACCCGCCACCACCCGACACAGCCAAUUAGUAAGGUUUUUCACGUAAACAGAACGUGCCAAUUUGUUACUUUGGUGGACCUCUCCACAAAUCAGGCUGUCACCUAUAUGAAGCUAGCUGUAAUUACAGGUGAAACGUCGUACUCAGAUUGUAAAUGUUGUGGCUUGGCUCUCCAACACACCGGUGUGCUGUACUAGUAAAUAAUUGGAAUGUUUACGUGACAAACCUGACUAAUUGGCUGUUGUCGGGUGGUAGCGGGUUUUAUUUGUAUGCGAUCUAACCCAAAAAAAACCUGCAUUCUGGACGAUAUUGGUCGCGAAAGCCUACUUGUUAAACACUACUAUACACUACACUACUAUACACUGCACUAUUAUACACUACACACUACUAUACACUACACUAUACACUACACACGACUAUAUACUACACUGUACACUACACAUUGGGCUCUGUGGAGGCCCAUUGGUAAACGAUUAGUUGUUAAGAGGGGUCCUAAUCUGUUGGCCCGAAUUUUGAAGGGUCCAGAGUCAGUUCUAUGGGAUCAUCACGCUCAAUGUUCUUUUUUGGGUUUUUCUUGCCAGGAAGAAAUGUACAUAGUUAUUUAUUUGGUAACGCCGUGUGGUGCUCACGGUUAUGAUUCUGUUGCGUCAUUAAGUACAAUUAUACGAGUAAUAUCAAAUUAGCAAUGUGCAAUAGUACGUCUUUUUUUAUCGUCAGCAACAGAAAAAAAAGGGGACUCGCGCGGCUUAACAGACUCGGCGUGGCCAACGAUUCACCGGUUCUUCGAUUUAAAAAAAAACACACAGACAUCGUAAUUCUCACGAUGCACUAAUCGGCGGUGUUGACAAACUGAUUACUUAACUCGCAAUUCGCUGUCAACAAUUAUGGUGUGGACUUCGAAACGGGCAGUUUUCGUUCACUCUCGGAGACAGAGAGCGCGUGCGAGAGAGAGGACGGCCAGGACCAGUGAUACCAACACUUGCCCAAGCUCUGUUCUCCUACAUUUGGAUUUUUGGACCAGCCCCAUUUAACGGGUGUUGAUGCACGUGGGAGGUAAUUUGAAGUGCCCAGAGAAAACUGACGCAUGCGAGAACGAGGAGGUCACACUCAAUCCCCGUCCCGCUUGCUCUACCGCCUCCGUACCCCAUCGAAGGAGCCUCACGAAGCUGCUUUCCUGAUCCACCAACCCUCGCACCCGCCUCCCUGCGCACACACACACAAGUACUGGAUUUCCAGCGUCCAGCCGUGAAGGUUCAGGGUAUCGAUUUGAGAGCACCCAAACAAUACAAACAAGCAUGGGGAACUGACGGUUAGACGCAGUGCGCAAAACGGGGUGGGGGGGGGGUCACGGAAGACAAAAUUAAUCGAUUGAAUUCGAGCCACGAUGAUGCACCGUUCGGACCUGGUGAAUCGUUCUAACGCGGAAUCUGUAAAACACUGAGCUCUUUUCCCAGUGAGCACGCACAACGUUGGGUUGAUGUUAAGGUUGACGUUGGGCCAACGUUGACGCAAUGUUAGGUUAACGUUGGUGCCAACGUUGGCGCGCGGUUGGAACCGUUGGCCCCACCGCUGGCCCUACGUUCCGCGUUCCACUGGGUUUGUUGAUAUUCAGGCAUUAUUGAAUAGUAUAACGUAAUAUAUAUUUUAUUUCAUGGAGGAUUUGAGUGUAGUAGCUUUGCCACGGCUCACAGUUCUCUAUACGGAUACGGGCGAGUUUCUGUCGUCGGUAAGAAGUAAUUGUUGAGCCAUGUUUAGGAUUUUAAGUUAAUUGGUUGGAUUCACGGUGCUGUUGAUGACAACGCAAGGAAUGAUCUACCUCCACUCGUGAUCAUGGAGAAGCGUCAGUUUAGAAUUGACAGCACAAACUCUUCAUUUAUUUUUAAUUCUUUUUAACUUUUUACCGAAGCUUAAUCAUUAUCGCAACGACGUAGAUUUCUUCAUUCCGCGAUCCAUAUUUGUGCGCCGAACGAGCUGGCUUUCUGGACCCAGAGGAUUAGCUUGCGUGUACAUUCGCCGCUAUCAGUUGCUCGUGAAUUUCAUAUGUUGCCAGUUGCUUUUAAUAUUAAGCGUGUUUGUUGUAAUAAUUGUGUUUGUGGCAGAAAAUACGUUUUGCCAUGUUUUCUUUUUUUUACGGCCUGUAAUUUCAGUUUACAGCCUACGACAAUAAGGAGCAGAAUGUGAUUGACUGAACUGUGAAACUUUGGCCAAUCGACAGCCAGAACUGUAUCACAUGAUCUCUCUGAACCAAUCAAAGGUGCUAUGAACAAGGAGGUUUCCUGCUACAAAUCAAUCAUGUCAUAAUUAUUUUUUAAGCUUUUUUUUCAUUCAAUUUAACAUCCUCCCAAAUGACUUCGCCUCGUGAAUGUGAAGUUUAACAUACAUUUUUUUUCCUCAGAUGUAUUGUUUUGGGAGGGAAAAUGGUCGUUGUAUUGCUAUGGGGUGCUAUCAACCCCAGUAGAUAUUCUACAGGGACUCCUCUGUUUACGAAUGGGUUAGGUUCCAGAGGUCUGUACGUAAGUCGAUUUGUUUGUAAGUCCAAAGGUGUUGUACAGCAUCUACACUAUACAUGGGGAAUGGCUUGAAAAGUUGUAUAAUCUCCUGUAGACGUAGAUACCGCCGAUUCUUCGCGUACUGCAGAUGUAGAUGCCGCUGGUUAUUCAUGUUCUGUAGAUGUAGAUGCCACUGGUUCUUCACGUUCUGUAGCUGUAGAUGCCACUGAUUCUUCACGUUCUGCAGAUGUAGAUGCCAUUGGUUCUGCAUGUUCUGUAGAUGCAACUGGUUCUUCAUGUUCUGCACAUGUAGAUGCCACUGGUUCUUCACGUUCUGCAGAUGUAGAUGCCACUGGUUCUUUAUGUUCUGCAGAUGUAGAUGCCAUUGGUUCUGCAUGUUCUGCAGCUGUAGAUGCUGCUUGUUCUUCACGUUCUGAAGAUGUAGUUGCCACUGGUUGUUUACGUUCUGCAGAUGUAGAUGCCACUGGUUAUUUAUAUUCUAUAGAUGUAGAUGCCACUGGUUCUUCAUAUUCUAUAGAUGUAGAUGCCACCGUUUCUUUAUGUUCUGUAGAUGUAGAUGCCACUGGUUCUUCAUGUUCUGCAGAUGUAAAUGCAACUGGUUCUUCAUGUUCUGCACAUGUAGAUGCCACCGAUUCUUCAUAAGCUGUAGAUGCCACUGGUUCUUCAUGUUCUGCAGAUGUAGAUGCCAAUUAUUCCUCAUAUUCUACAUAUGUAGAGGCCAUUGGUUCUUCAUGUUCUCCAGAUGUAGAUGCCACCGGUUCACGUGGCAUCUACGUGACAUUCGGACCAGGUUUGUUCGUAUCUCUGAAAGUUCGUAAGUCAAAUGUUCCUAAGUGGAGGAGUCCCGUACUGGGUCCUGUCAUCAACAUUUGCCAUACUUUCAUCGCACAACUGUCGUGUGUUCCUCCAACGGAACAAACAUCCCUGCGCUGGUGUCAUCGUCCCCCCCCCCCCCCACCCGCGUUUUGCGUCACACCUAUCUCGCUAAAUGCGUCACACGUUCUGCCCAAUGAUAUGCCGCCACCGUCACUAGCGGUCGGAGACCAUCAGGCUGCCCCGACGUUUGGCCCGAACGGUUCCACGGAAUACGCAAAAAAAAGCGAUCUCGGUCAGCAGAGAAAAAAAAGGGGGUCUUUGGGGGGGGGGGGGGGGGGGC